AUGGGCGGGGCUACAGUAUUGAUUAGAAUAUUGAUGUCGCUGGCCGUGGUGCUGAUGGUUGUGACGUCAUGUAGUGUACACACUGGUCCCUAGUCAACUACUGCUUGGGUUUCUUGGUUUUAUAUCCAGUAAAGGUGAGCAGCACUAAAUUAAUUAUACACUGUAAAAUUGUAAAUUGAUAAGUGAAUCGAUAAGCUGUUGAUAAGUAAAUUGAUAAGCUGUUAGCAGCUAAAUGUAGUGUCUAUAUCUACAUAUUCUGUAGGGAGGUUUGAAUUUUGUAGGUCUAUACAAACACAAGGAGUUGUUGCUUGCCCCAAUUUUUUUUAUUUAUUUAUUUAUUUAUUUAUUUAUUUUUGUAUUUUACCAAUCAAUAGACUAACUACAUUUUUAAACUGGGAUAAUGCACUUGAUACUAAUUUAGGCUUUUAAAAAUAUAUGUAGAGUGACUGUGUUGUGAUUUAUGUGUGAUUUAUACCCUGCUUUUGUUUAAUAUUAUUAUUAUUAUUUUUAUUAUUAUUAUUAUUUGCAAUAGGGUAAGUAGCACCCUUGAUUUAGUAAUUUGAUUACAAGCAAUUUUGUAGCCUAAGUUUGAAUACGUAUACAAAAAGACUGCUACAAUCUGAAAUAAAAUGGCAUAAUAUUAUAUAAAAAAAAAUAAAAUAAAAUAAAAACACUGCAGAGGUUUUAAAAUUGGCGCUCUCCUCGUGCGUCCCAGCAUGCCUUGCGUCCGCAUCCUCGGCCAGCUCGCGGCGUGAGUGGACGAUGCGUUUCUGUUCCGGCUACACCUGCUCAGUCCAGCCGGAAGUGCAGCGCUAUUAAUCCUGAAGUAUUAAUCCUUCUUUACCUGGAGGCACAGGAGGCGAGAUUAGUUUGCUGCGUUCGCGGGGAAACGCGUUUGCGCGCCUGAUCUGAUGGAUGCGUCGUGUUAGUGCGCGGCACGCGGUUAAUUCCGGGUCAAACGCACUUCCUCUGCUCCCUGCAAGUUGGGCUUAUUGUUGUUUUCUUGCGCUGAAGCGUUGAGGUCUGUGCGACUCAAACCUGCAAUGGGAUGCUGCGGUAGCGCAGAGAGGGUGAAAAGAGAAUGGAAACCCUUGGAGGACCGAAGCUGCACAGAUCUCCCAUGGUUCCUUCUAUUUAUGCUCUUCUGCGGGGGAAUGGGUGCUAUCUGUGGCUACACUAUAGUGACAGGUGGUGCAGCACGCCUGGUGUUUGGAUAUGACAGCUAUGGCAACACUUGUGGCCAGAGCAAUGAGGCCAUCGAAGGGGUCAGGCUCAGCGGCUUGGACCACAGAGACAGAAAAUAUGUGUUCUUCCUGGACCCAUGCAACUUAGACAUAAUUCAUAGGAAGAUUAAAUCAAUGGCACUGUGUGUGUCGCAGUGUCCUACUGAGGAGAUGAAAACGUACGAAGAUCUACGGAGAUUUGCCAUGACGAAUGGCUCAGAGCUCUGCUCCUAUGAGCUGGCUGGCCAUAAGUACCCAAGCCUUCCAGAGCGCUUUGACAAAUGUCCUAAACUUCCAGUUCCACAGAGUAAAGCUCUGCCGGUGUUUAACCGCUGCACGCCCGUGGACAUUUCCUGCUAUUCUAAGUUUGCAGAGGCAGUGGUGACGUUUGUCAGUGAUAACACCAUACUCCACAGGCUGAUCGCUGGGGUGGUGGCCAGUAAAGAGAUCAUUGCGGGGCUUUGCCUGCUAGCGCUGGUGCUGUCCAUGAUCCUGAUGGUGAUUAUUCGCUACAUCUCUGCGGUUCUGGUGUGGAUUCUCACUGUUCUGGUGGUGCUGGGCUCGCUAGGAGGCACCAGCUUUCUGUGGUGGUUAUAUAUAGACCACAGGCUGACGAUGAACGAGACUGUGGCUACAGAUUUAAAGGAAGCAAAAGAUACAAAUGAAGAAACCGUGGCUUCCAAAGACCACAUGCAAGGACUACUGGUCUACGCCACCUCUGCAACUGUGUUCACGGUGAUCUUGCUGUUGCUGAUGCUGUUCAUGAGGAAGCGAGUGGCUCUAACCAUCGCUCUGUUCCACGUGGCUGGGAAAGUUUUUAUUCACCUGCCGCUGCUGGUGCUGCAGCCUUUCUGCACCUUUCUCGCCCUCUUCCUCUUCUGGGUCUACUGGAUCCUAGUACUCCUCUUCCUCGGAACCACUGGGAAUCCCGAGAAGAAUGAGCAGACAGGUCUGACUGAGUUCAGACUGAGCGGCCCGCUGCAGUACCUCACCUGGUACCAUGCUGUGGGUCUCAUCUGGAUAAGUGAAUUCAUCCUGGCCUGUCAGCAGAUGACUGUGGCUGGAGCUGUGGUCACAUACUACUUUACCAGAGACAAGAACAAGCUCCCUUUGACGCCCAUCCUGUCAUCAGUGUUUCGUUUGAUCCGUUACCACCUGGGCACCGUGGCCAAGGGCUCCUUCAUUAUCACCCUGGUCAAGAUCCCUCGCCUCAUCCUCAUCUACAUCCGUAAUCAGCUCAAAGGAAAGGAGAAUGCAUGUGCACGCUGUAUGCUAAAGGCGUGUAUUUGUUGCCUGUGGUGUCUGGAGAAGUGCCUCAAUUAUCUAAAUCAGAAUGCAUACGCAGCGACGGCCAUCAACAGCACCAGUUUCUGCACGUCGGCGCGUGAUGCAUUUGUGAUCCUGGUGGAAAACGCUCUGAGGGUGGCAGCCAUCAACACCGUGGGAGACUUUGUGCUCUUCCUGGGCAAGAUCCUGAUCGUGACGUGUACUGCGUUUGCGGGAGUGCUGGCAUUGAACUAUCAGAGGGACUACACGGAGUGGGUGCUGCCACUCAUCAUCGUGUGCCUGUUCGCCUUUCUGGUGGCCCACUGCUUCCUGUCCAUCUUCGAGAUCGUAGUGGACGUGCUGUUCCUCUGCUUCGCCAUCGACACCAAAUACAAUGACGGCACACCUGGCAAGGAGUUCUUUAUGGACAAAGCCCUUAUGGAGUUUGUGGAGAACAGCCGGAGGUCAGUGGCGCCGGCAGAGCGGGGACGGAGCAGCAAGCGGUCUCGCGCUCGUGAGGAGGUGGGUCUGACUGAGAUGAAGGCCAUGGUGAGUGUGGGCGUAACCCCUGUGGGCUGUGAGUGGGAAGUCCUGCAGGAGUUCCUGCUCUACUACCUGCUGCUUUGUGUGUUGGUGGACUGGGUGCUGUCUGAGUACAUGCUCAUCAUAUGCUUCAGUCAAGACUUCAUCAUCUUCGUUUGUGUGUGUCUACCUACGCUCACGCUCUUCCUGCUGCUCACACUGCUUCAGAACACACCCUGCAUGGCCACAUGCUGACUAACACUCACUAUCGCCAUUACUAUCUUUAUUUGUCCUUCAGUCCUUUCUUCUUUCUACACUAACAGUCUAUUUUUCUAUGCAUGGACUCUUUAUUUUGCUGUUGUCCUUCUUGCCUGUCUUGUUUUUUUUUUUGUUUUUUUUUUUUAAUUUGUGGCUGUCUUGUACCCAAAGUGCCCUUGUGUAAAUAAUAUUUUUUCUCUGUGGCCUUAUCGUCACCGUGUUGCUUUUGGAGGAGAGGUUUUUGAGCUCGACCAUGCAGGGGAUGGAACUGGCAGGCUGGAAAAUGAGCCACAGUCAGCAGGAGGAAGGAGGGAGGGAGAGUUUACAAGCUUAGGCAGCGUACACACUCUCCAUCAAAAUGCUGGCUCUGAGUCACGUUCCAGCCCCAUGGGUGCUGUCAUUAACUGCACUGCCACUUUGUUCUGCGUUAUCUGCUGUUAAAUUAAUGUACGCUUUAGGGACGUUUUUUUUGUUUUCUUUGGAUUUUUCAGGAUUCACUGUCAUGGAUUGGCUGUGAUAAGCUUCUCUAGUCAUGUGUGGGAAUGUUGAUAUUUCUAUAAGUAAUAUUCAGGUGGAGGAUUACACACAAAUUGAAUGCUUUAGUGGUACUUUUUGGACCACUAAAGACUCAAGACAGUCUGUCUGUCCACUGUUGCUUGUCCCAGCAUGUCCUCUCAUUUCUCUCUAACAUUCAUACCUGCACUCAUCCGUCAUUUUUUUCUCCUUUCCUUGCUUUCAUUUUGUGGAAUUGUGAGUCUUUUUACCCAAAUUUUUUGUGGCAGGUAUUUUUAUUCCUGUUGUUUGUAAUGAAAAUGUAAUCACUGUUUUCC